UGAGCGCAGACGUGGUUGUUUGGUGAAGACAAGAUCGUUUUUAAGAAGAACCCGACACACACACCAUUCUCCGAACUUAUCCGAGACUAUCAUCAAUUUAUGUCACAUAUCCACUCGAGGCCAAUUAAAGUGAACCAGUGUAUCUUAGAUUAAUAUAUAUCGUGCAUACAAUUUUCGACAUCUGAUAUCCGUACCAAUCGUCGCUAUGUCAUCCAGACAGAAAGAAACCGUGAGCAGAGGUUGUCCUCAACGUGCGACUGUGAGACGGCUCUCGUCAAGACAUGCCAAUUACCGCUUGCCUUUAACUGUUGUCCCCGUAAACAAGCAAGAAAUGCCAAUGAAUUCUACCAGACAUCGCCCAGAUGCUGCCGCCAAGGAAAGGGCUCGACUUCAGACAUUUAACAAAGCUAUGGAUACCCUGAAGCGAACACUGCCUCUACCUAAAGAGUUGCUAAAGGAGGCCCUCUGCGACAAGCAACGAAGAGGGAGAGCGGUCGCGCUUCAAAAAAAGGACAUACUGCGACUUGCGAUACGAUAUAUAAAAAUUCUUGAGCAACAGCUGGAGAAAAGAAAAUACGAACUUCCUGAAAAUUGUGAUCAUGUUGAAUCUUUGCAGUGUAAUUCGAGUAUAGUGAACGAGGGGAUUUCAAACGACAAUGCCGGAGCAAGUUUUGUUGGCAUGGAGAUAACAUCUAAACCACAACAAAUUGUGCCUGGUUGUUCAGCAACAGAAUAUAACUCACCCGAAAUUACAAUUCUGAAAAAAAGAAAUCAAAACAGUCCACCCGACGAAAACAUCAGUGUACUUCGCGGUUUAUUACUCGAUGUCAAACAAUCGUCACAAGAGGGCGCUUCAACUGUUGAAACGCUGAAACUGUUGAAAUCACAAGCCUUACACCCACGUACCUCAAAGACAAAUUUGAUCACAAACGAACAGAAUAAAUGUUUCAACAACAAAUUAACAAGUCGACCACGGGAGUCAAUGAGUAUCUUGUUAAAGAAUGACGUGUCCGUCAUUUCGAAUAUAUGUCAGCGCCCUCUGUCAACAGAUGUUUGUCAGAAUCUGGUACCGUCGCCAGAAUGCGAGACACGUGACAACGAAAUUGGCGAUCUAUCGCUCGAUGUUGACAAACAUUUACUGUCAUGGUGCGAUCAGUUUUCAUACAUCCCAAACAUUCUAGGAGAGUACAGCAGUGUUUCCAAAGAAUUAAAUUAUUAAUAUGAUAAUAUUUAUUGUUCCGAGAAAAGUUAAUUUAGUAAGCUGUUAUCACAUUUAAAGUUUAUAGCAAGUCACUGGCACUCUCAUU